CGGAUCGUACGCGUCGCGAGGUUCGCGGUGUAACGUGCCGCCGGGCACAGGCCGCCGCCGCCGCCGCCGCCGUCUCUGUGCUGCACACACGCACGCGCGUUUCGCUUACGUUUUUUCACGAUCACGUCCAAGUCGGGCAGAACCGCAGAAGUACACUUUCCGUUCACAGGCUCAACCGAUAGCAAGUCGGUUCGUCAGUCGCCUCAGACGCACACACACACGCAAACACGCGGCUCGCGGCGGACACGUUAAAACGCAAUAAUUCGGCUCUCGUGCAUAUCACAAUAACACAAUAUCAAUUAUUGUUAUUACAUAUUUAACUGUUGAUAGUGUUAUUUUGAUAUAAUACGGCGUGUUUACGCGUUUCGUUUUUUUUUUUAACUCGGUCGCCGGUUACGUUCCAACAGAGCCGAUUCACUCGCCCGUGGCCCCGUUGUUGCGCGCUGCCAGUCGUCGUAUCUCACGUUACGCCGGUAUUAUUUUCCCACCGCCAAACACUGUGACAAAUAAAAUACCACUCGACACGACGUUCAAUCUACCUACUUAUUGUACGUCGGCAUUUCACGCGGGACCCACCGUCACACAGAAUACGUAGCCAUGGUCCGCCUUGUGAUGUACCCUGAACCGUCCAACUACUCGUACGUGUUCGACUUCGAGGAGAACUUCCACUACGAAUGGACGCGGCAGUGGAUGACCGAGAACUGGACCAACGGGUUCUACUACUGUACCAUAUACGCCAUGCUGGUGUUCGGGCUCCGGAGGAUGAUGCGCGACCGAGCCGGCUUCCGUCUCAAAGGGCUGUUGGUGCUGUGGAACGUGAUGCUGGCCACGUUCAGCCUGGUCGGUUUCGCCCGUACGGCGCCCGAACUGUUCCGGGUGCUCAACAAAUACGGACUGCACCAUUCGGUGUGCGUCACCAGCUAUGUCGAGGAUGACCCUGUGUCCGGGUUCUGGUCGUGGCUGUUCGUGCUGUCCAAGUUGCCCGAACUCGGCGACACGAUAUUCAUCGUGCUCCGCAAGCAGCCGCUCAUCUUCCUGCACUGGUACCAUCACAUCACCGUGCUGCUGUAUACGUGGUUCUCGUACAUGGAGUUCACGUCGUCCGCCCGGUGGUUCAUCGUCAUGAACUACUCGGUACACUCGAUGAUGUACACGUACUACGCGGCGCGGGCCAUGGGCUACCGGCCGCCCAAGCAAGUGUCCAUGUUCAUCACGGCCAGUCAGCUGACGCAGAUGUUGAUCGGCUGUUUCAUCAACUACACCACGUACGGUUACCUGAAGUCCGGCGGCCCGCACUCGUGCCGUGUGUCCAAGCUCAACAUCACCCUGUCGUCGGCCAUGUACUUCAGUUACUUGCUGCUGUUCGCCCGAUUCUUUUACAACGCGUAUCUCAACAAGGGGAGCCGUGUCGGCGCGUCCAAAAAAUCGUCCAAGCAACAUUGAUCCCGGAACACCACGGUGGUAACGUCUUCUUCUGCGGCGGCUGCGGUGGCUGCUGCUAAUGCAAACACCGCCGCCGCCGCCGUGAUGCGCCGCCGCAGUGUGAUGUGCCGUCGCAGCUGGCCAUUGAUUUUCAAACACUUGCACUGAUAUUAUUAUUAAAUACCUAUUAUUUACGAGAUUAAUACGUUGCGAUAGAAGAUCAUUAUUUAUUAUUAUUAUUAUUAUUAUUAUUAUUAUUAUCAACGAGACGAACAUGUGCUAAUUUUAUUUUGAUAAGUUUUCUUGCUCGAUUACUAUAUUAUUUACAUCCUGUGUUUUCUUUUUUUCUUUCUGUCUUUUGUUGUUUAGGAAAACCGUUCGUUUUUUAGACGAUAAAUUUAUAUUAUUUUUUUUUUUGUAUUUUCUACUUAGUUUGUACUUUACCUUCGCGAAGAUAAAAUCUCGAAUAUAACGGCCAUCGAUUAUAACGGCGUUGUAAGUUGUUUUAUAGGCAUUUUUGUUUGAAGUGCGUGUGCCUACAUAAUACUUAGCCAAAUAAAAAAGAAAAUUUUAUUUUUCAAGAA